CUGCCUGUCUGCCUGCCUUCCUAUCUCCCUGCCUCUCUGCCUGCCUGCCUCUCUGCCUACCUCCCUGCCUGCCUCUCUGCCUGUCUCCCUGUCUGCCUGUGUAAGCGUGCUUCUGGUUGGUGGCAUAUGUUAGCUAGCAGAGCAGUCUGUAGAAGGAAGCUGAUUAAGACUGUGCUGAGAAUGAGGAUGCAGCUACACUGACGUCAGCCUCUGCAGACCCCAGUGUGGAGGAGAUGUAUCCGUGGAACAAGGACGAGGAAUCAAGGCUUUAAAAAGCAGCCCUUGUAUUGAUCUUGCCGAUUGCCUCUCGACUCUUGUCGUGCAGAAUACGGAGGUGCCCCCCGGGUGUGUCUGUAGCAGUCGUCUGUGUGCUUUGUGCUGCUGUUGUGAAUAGAGGGCAAGCUCAAUGUAUUGGUGGUGUUGCACAGCUUGCAAUCUGCAGCUCUGGAGCAUAGAAGUACAUGAAGCCUGACUGCCAGAGCACAGGAGAAGGUGACUUGGGGACUGAGACCGAAGCAGAGACCCUGCAGCCGGAUGAGGGGACUUGCAGUCAGGCCAGCGGGGAGCUUUUCACAGGGGCACAGAAAUGGCUGAGUCAGAGACCGCUUUUAGUGUUGAAGAAAUGAAAUGUUGUGGAUCUUUGUCAAUUGCUACCUGAUGUAGGGGUCAAAUGGAAAUUGCAAAACGGAAGGAGCCCAGUAGCAAGCGGGUGAAGCCUCUCUCCAGGGUGACAUCUCUGGCCAGCCUCAUCCCCCCUGUGAAGACCACGCCUCUGAAGAGGAUCGGCCAGACCCUGCAGCGCUCCAUCAGCUUCCGCAGCGAGAGCCGCUCUGAGAUCUCCACCCCUCGGGCCUGGUCCCGCAAUGCCCCCCCUGUGAUCACCAAGCGCAGAGACAGCAAGCUGUGGAGCGAGACCUUCGACGUGAGAGUCAACCAGAUGCUCUCCACCAAGGAAAUCAAGCGGCAAGAGGCAAUCUUUGAACUAUCCCAGGGAGAACAAGACCUUAUUGAAGACUUGAAGCUCGCAAAGAAGGCCUACCAUGACCCCAUGCUGAAGCUCUCCAUUAUGACAGAGCACGAGCUCAACCAGAUAUUCGGGACUCUGGACUCUCUCAUCCCUCUGCACGAAGAUCUUCUGAGCCGUCUCCGAGAAGCCAGGAAGCCAGAUGGAUCGACGGAGCAUGUCGGCCACAUCCUGGUAGGCUGGCUGCCCUGUCUGAACUCCUACGACAGAUACUGCAGUAACCAGGUGGCGGCCAAGGCUCUGCUGGACCACAAGAAGCAGGACCACCGCGUGCAUGACUUCCUGCAGCGCUGCCUCGAGUCGCCCUUCAGCCGCAAGCUGGACCUCUGGAACUUCCUGGACAUCCCGCGCAGCCGGCUGGUGAAGUACCCGCUGCUGCUCCGAGAGAUCCUGAAGCACACAGCCAACGAGCACACAGACCAGCAGCACCUGGACGAGGCGAUCAACAUCAUUCAGGGAAUCGUGGCAGAGAUCAACGUGAAGACGGGGGAGUCGGAGUGCCAGUAUUACAAGGAGAGGCUGGUCUACCCAGAGGACAACCAGAGGGACCUUCUCAUUGAGAACUCCAGGGUGCUGAGCUGCCACGGGGAGCUGAAGAACAACAGAGGAGCUAAACUCCACGUGUUCCUGUUCCAAGACGUCCUGGUUCUCACACGAGCAGUCACCCUGAACGAGCAGCUCUGUUUCCAGCUCUACCGCCAGCCCAUCCCUGUGAAGGAUCUAGCAUGGGAGGACCUGCAAGACGGAGAGAUCCGCCUGGGGGGAUCAAUCCGUGGGGCCUUCAGCAACAAUGAGAGAACUAAAAACUUCCUCCGGGUGACCUUCAGGAGCGGCUCCCAGCUGCAGGCCCACCUGCUGCAGGCCAACGACAGCUUCAACAAGCAGCAGUGGCUCAACUGUAUUCGGCAGGCCAAGGACGCGGUGCUAAGGGCCUGCGGGGACUCUGUAGGGGGCCAGUCCCCAGACACACAGCCUCUCUGGGACUCUGUGGGUGGCAGGUACCCGGACCCACAGCCCCUCCUCUCCCCAGGGGGAAGCAACAGCAGCAAAACAUCGCAGGAAAUACCAAAGUCUGACCGAAUGGACCACUCGGGCAGUGAGUCAGACUGCAGCAUGGACACCAGCGAGAUGAGCGCAGACUGUGAACAGAUGGAACAAACAGAUCAACACAGCAAACCUCUGGAGAGCAACGUCUGAGCUCUGGGGGGCAGGAGGGGAAGCAAACAGAAGCACUGUGUCGUGUGUGUCACGUCUUCAACCUGUACAGUAUUGGAAUUCCGCAGGGUGGGGGUGGGGGGGUGGCAUUGAGAAGGAGCAGUUUGGAGAAGCACUUUUAAUUUCUCAUGAUGACACCAGCAGUUUCGUGACUAUAGUACUGUAACGGCCAGUUGUGUCUGAAUAUCUGUGUCUAGUCCUGUGUAACCUUUCGUGGCAGAUGGAGAUACUUGACCAGAAAGCUGUCAUUGCAAUCCUGCUGGAAAACUCUGUUUUCUUGGCUGCCAAAUUCAGGGCGGUUAAGAAUACAGUCAGGUGGCCUCGUGCUCCAUCACGGGAGCCCAAUCGUGGUGUCAGAGAAGGUGCAUAGCCAAAUGCUGGCUCCAAUUUAGUACUACUGUUCAAUCAAUGAGAUAAUAGAAACAACAAAAAAACUAUUUAUUUAGGAUAGAUUUAAUAGAAUGUUUACAAGUCCUGUUGAUGACCAACAGAAUGUUUUGGACAAUCAGAAGAGCAAAUGGGAUCACAAGCCAGUCUGUGUGCAGGCCUUGGCAUUAUGCAUUGUGUGUGUGCAUUUACUUCAGUACUGUUAGCCUGCGCAGGGAUGGAGAGGGUCAGAGCUCUGCUGACCAGGCAGAGCAGCAGCUGGGCUUCGCUAACCUCUCAGUGUGAUCAUUAGGGUUUGAAAGGUAUUGUUGUGUCAGGUUCCCAUGUGCUGCACAAACCCAGGCUGUAGCAUCUGCUGCUGGUUUCAUUUGCAGUCUGCAGUCGUUCCUUUACCUGCCUCCAGUAUUUCCAGAUAGAUUAAAUAACUGACAGCGCUUUGUGCUUCUUUUCUGCAUUUCCUCGAGGGUCCUUUGCAUUGUAUACUAAUUAGGGAUCUUCCUUCGUCAGUGCGGGCUGGCAGGACCCAUUUGUGCCAGUCUGCCAUCCUCACUGGGGAUCAGACUGGUUUGGGCUCAGUCUGUCUGCUGCCAAUGGAAACAAACAGGACUGGUCUAAAAUCAGAUGGAGAUGUGGCAUUAUAUUGUACAUUUGUCAAAUAUAGGAGGGAGGAGAUGGGAAUUUUGGAAAAGGAUAUUUACUUAAUAUGAGAAGAAGCUGAUGCGGAAAGAGUUACUGUUCUGAAUACUGUGGACCAUGAAUGUUAAUAAAAGUGAAAAGCCCCACCCUGUUGUGCCAGGCCCUGGCUGUGUGUUCUGCCGCUGUAAACGCAUGAUAACUGAAGCGGGUUAUUCCAGAGGGCUGUGUCUGUCUGCAACACUGAGCUGCUGUUCCAUUCAAAAUAAAAAGAGGACGGAAAAGAGUCUUACAGCACACGCUAAUAUUACAGGCACACUGUUGCAGACAGAAAGAUACUGAGGAAGGACCCGGGAGUGUUGGUUUAAACUGUAGUCUGUGAGACUCAAUACCAGCGACACCGUUUCCAGCCCAAUUACAUCAAAAAGGCCUUAAUGUGAUCAAAAAGAAUGUCUGAUGCCACAAUGAAUCACUUUUACAUGAAACGGACAGAACCUUCAUAGCAGAAAUGUAACUGCUAAAUUAUUGCCAAAAAAGUUGUUUUUUAUUUGUAUUUUUUAAAUCUCAUAAUAUAGAAUGUUUGUGUCAUUUUGCUUUGUAAAUACAGCGAGGUCACUUGCAUUAAGGGAUCAGUGUGGCGCAGGGUAAUCCUUAUGAAACAAGGUAUAUUCCUUUCUAAUUUUUUAAAGUAUUGUAUUCUUUAGGACUUUAUUUGUGUGUUUCUAGUUUGUACACUUGGUGUAAGAGGGUUGUGGUUAUUUGGCAAUGCUUCCUGUGUAGUUCAAGGUUGCAUAUUUGGAGUUGGUUUGUAAGAGUACGAAGCAGGACUGGGAAAGGCGAAUGCUGACGGGAUCGGAGUAUGAAAUGAAGAUGACAUGUAUUAUAUUUUCUGGAAGGCAAUGGCACGUUUUAUAUUUUUAUUAAACGCCACGUAGAAAGAAAGAGGUAUGUUGUGAGAUGGUUUGUGGAGAUGAAUUUUGAAAUGAAAUCUGAAAUAUCUUUUGUAACUUCCAUGAAGCAUUAUCAAAUAAAGGAUGUGAAGUCUGA